AUGAAGGACUAUUCUGCAAAUUCCACAGAACAGAACCUCUCUGAUCCUGAAUCUGGAUACAAGGGGUGUGAUGAUCCUUCUUUCCAGCAUGAAGAACAUGUAGAACAAAUUGACCGGUCAAAGCCCAAGAAGGAAAUGAAGGAAGAUGAGAAGCCAGAGAAACGAAUGGUUGGCAUUCUUGAGUUGUUUCGCUAUGCUGAUGGGGUGGAUGUCCUGUUGAUGAUAGUUGGUUUGGUUGCAGCGGCUGCAAAUGGUACUGGAAUGCCACUUAUGAUCAUUAUCUUUGGAGAGAUGACAAACAGCUUUGUGCUAAGUGGCGUGCAAUCCAAUGAUACUUCAGUAAACAAUUCCAGCUGCCCAUCAGAUCCAGGUGUGGAUAUAGAAGGUGAAAUGACAAAGUUUGCUUACUACUACGUGGGAAUUGGCUUUGCUGUGUUGAUCCUGAGCAUCGUCCAAGUGUGGACAUUUUUGGUUACUGCUACAAGGCAAACUGCAAGGAUCCGGCAGAAGUUCUUCUUUGCAGUGCUCCAUCAAGAGAUGGCUUGGUUUGAUACUACCCAGAUAGGAGCACUGAACACCAGACUGACAGAUGACAUCAACACCAUCCGUGAAGGCAUCGGAGACAAGAUCAGUAUAUUUCUGCAGUUUUUUUCCACGUUUGUGUCAGGGCUCAUUAUAGGAUUCAUCUACGGGUGGAAGCUGACUCUGGUGGUUAUGUCAGUCAGCCCACUUCUUGCUGCAUCAGCAGCGGUUUGGUCAACUCUCCUGGCAUCCCUUACUGCUAAAGAGCUCUCUGCUUAUGCCAAAGCAGGAGCUGUGGCAGAAGAAAUUUUGACAGCAAUCAGGACUGUUGUGGCUUUCAAUGGACAGCAAAAGGCAUUAGAGAAAUAUGAUGCUAACUUAGAGAUGGCUAAACGUGUUGGAAUGAAAAAAUCCAUUACCACUAACACAUGCCUAGGUCUUUCACAAUUUUUUAUCUUUGGAUCCUAUGCCCUUGCAUUUUGGUACGGGACCAAGCUCACUGCUGAGGAUCCACAUUAUGACAUUGGCCGUGUGUUAAUUGUGUUCUUCUCUGUGCUUGUCGGAGCUUUCUCCCUGGGCCAGGCAGCUCCUAACCUGGAGAGUGUGGCCAAUGCACGUGGGGCUGCCUAUGAAGUAUAUAAGAUUAUCAAUAAGAAACGGCUCAUAGAUAGCAGUUCUAAGGAAGGCUACAAGCCAGACAAGCUCGUAGGAGAAAUUGAAUUCAGAAACAUCCAUUUCAGUUACCCUUCCAGACCUGAUGUUAAAAUCCUCAAAGGUCUAAACUUGAAAGUUCAAACUGGGAAGACCAUUGCUUUAGUAGGUGCCAGUGGCUGUGGAAAAAGCACUACUGUUCAGUUGCUGCAGAGAUUCUAUGAUCCUGACCAGGGAGAAAUUACCUUAGAUGGUCGGGAUAUUCGGACCCUUAAUAUAAAGUGGCUACGAGAAAAUAUUGGCAUUGUGAGCCAAGAGCCUGUUUUGUUUGCAACCACAAUAGCUGAGAACAUUCGCUAUGGCAGAGAAGACAUUUCUGAUGCUGAAAUUGAGCAAGCAGCCAAGGAAGCCAAUGCUUUUGACUUUAUAUCUAGACUGCCUGAUAAAUUUAACACCAUGGUGGGUGAAAGAGGGGCUCAGCUGAGUGGAGGACAGAAGCAACGAAUAGCUAUUGCCCGUGCCCUAGCAAGAAAUCCCAAGAUUCUUCUUCUGGAUGAAGCUACAUCUGCAUUAGAUACUCAGAGUGAAUCCAUAGUGCAGGCAGCUCUGGAUAAGGCUCGGGCUGGGCGUACCACCAUUGUGAUUGCUCACAGACUGUCUACCAUCAGGACUGCUGACACUAUCGCUGGAUUUGAGAAAGGUGUCGUGGUUGAGCAAGGGACACAUAGUGAACUGAUGCUGCAGAAAGGAGUCUACUAUUCCCUUGUAAUGCAGCAGGGUUGCACCAGUGAUGUUCAAGAUGAUGGCACAUCAGAAGAUAGUGAAGGCUCAGGAGCUGAGGAAUAUGAGGAAAACAUAAAUCCUGUGGAAGAGUUGACUCUUCAAAAUAAUUUUGAAAUCUCUGUGAUACCAGAGAAAGGCAGCAUACGAAGAAGAUCCAGCCGAUAUAAGAGCAAGAGGAGUUCAUCUAAAAAUCCCUUUGGAAAAAAGAAGAAACAAAAGGAGGUGGAGGAAGAAAAUCUCCCUGCUGUGCCUUACUUAAAAAUCUUGGCUCUGAACAAACCUGAAUGGUUCUAUGUACUGCUGGGAGUGAUUGCUGCUGCUGUCAUAGGUGCAGUCCAUCCUGCAUUUGCUGUUAUAUUUGGAAAAAUCAUUGGGGCUUUUCAAGAAAGAGAUCCAGAAAAAAGGAGUAAAAACACUGUAUUACUUUCUUUAAUAUUUCUUUUGCUUGGAGUGAUUAUCUUAGCAGCGUACAUAAUCCAAGGAUUCAUGUUUGGGAAGUCUGGAGAAACCCUAACAAUGAGACUGCGCUCUUUGUCCUUCAGAGCAUUACUUCAGCAGGAGAUUGGAUGGUAUGAUGACCAGAAAAAUGCUGUUGGUGUUCUACUAACUCGUCUUGCUACAGAUGCUUCCCAAGUUAAAGGCGCAACUGGAAGCCGACUUGCACUGAUGACUAUGACUGUCUUUACCCUUGUGACUGCCAUCAUUAUUGCAUUUGCAUACGGCUGGCAGCUAACUUUGCUUAUCCUGGCCUGCAUUCCUUUUAUUGUUGGUGCAAAUGCUGUGAGUGCCAGCUCUAUGUCUGGUCAUGCUGCAGAAGACCAAAAAGCUUUGGAAGAGGCUGGAAGAAUUUCAACAGAAUCCGUUGAAAACAUAAGAACUGUAGCUUCACUAACCAAGGAAGAAGCAUUUUAUGAAAGAUAUGCUGCUUGUUUGAAUCAUACAUAUAGAAAAUCUCUGAGAAAAGCUCCUUUCUAUGGAUUUACCUAUGGAAUAGCUCAAUGUUCAGAGUACUUUAUUAAUGCAGCAGUCUUCAGAUUUGGAGCAUGGCUCAUUGCUAAUUGUCUGACCAACUUUGAAAAUGUCUUUAUAGUCUUCUCUUCUGUCAUAUUUGCAGCUAUGAAUGUUGGGCAGUCUUCUUCUAUGGCACCAGACUAUGGCAAAGCUCGAAUGUCAGCUCAAAGAAUUUUUCAGCUUUUGGACAGAAAACCUCUAAUUGACAGUUACAGUGAACAAGGUGAAAAAUUGAGCCAUUUUGAAGGCAACAUUGAAUUCAGAAACGUCCAUUUUGUAUAUCCAACAAGGCCAGAAGUUCAGGUUUUGCAAGGACUUAAUGUGAAAGUUAAAAAAGGACAGACUCUGGCAUUAGUAGGAAGCAGCGGCUGUGGCAAAAGCACAUCCAUUCAGCUCUUGGAGAGAUUUUAUGACCCUGUGGAAGGACAAGUGCUAGCAGAUGGAUUUGAUACCAAAUCUCUGCAUUUACAAUGGCUGAGGUCCAGGCUGGGCCUGGUGUCACAGGAGCCCAUUUUGUUUGACUGCAGCAUUGCUGAAAAUAUCCAAUAUGGAGACAACAGUAGGGUGGUUAGUCAGGAGGAAAUUGAAGAAGCAGCUAAAGCAGCAAAUAUUCACGCCUUCAUUGAAAAGCUGCCAGAGAAAUAUAAUACACGGGUGGGUGAGAAAGGGACACAACUUUCUGGAGGUCAAAAACAAAGAAUAGCAAUUGCCCGUGCUCUGGUUCGUAAUCCUGCUGUUCUGCUUCUGGAUGAAGCUACCUCUGCUCUUGACACUGAAAGUGAAAAGAUUGUCCAGAAAGCUCUGGAUAACGCCCGGCAAGGUCGGACCUGCAUCGUCAUUGCUCAUCGCCUGUCCACCGUGCAGACAGCCGACAUCAUCGUGGUGAUCCAGAACGGCAGGGUGGUCGAGCAGGGCACCCACAGCCAGCUGCUGGCCAAGGAAGGACACUACUAUGCCCUUGUAAAUGCACAAGUCUCUAAUUAG